AUGACUGAGGCUCCUGCCACCACCAAGCAACUGCAUCUGGCUACUGAUGCCCAUGUUCAGUACAUUCAGAGCCUCGACACCCACAAAGAUGAGCUUGAUUACUGGCUGACUGAGCACCUGCGUCUCAACGGCGUUUAUUGGGGACUCACGGCUCUUCACCUUCUCGGCCAUCCCGAUGCACUCCCUCGCGACGAAACUCUCGACUUUGUCUUGUCGUGUCAACAUGAGAGCGGGGGAUUCGGAGCAGCGCCCGGCCACGACGCCCACAUGCUCUCUACAGUAAGUGCUGUACAGAUUCUAGCCAUGGUCGACGGCUUCGAUGAACUAGACCGCCGCGGCAGGGGUAAAGCUCAGGUUGGCAAAUAUAUCGCCCAGCUGCAGAACCGCGAAACGGGAACAUUCUACGGCGAUGAAUGGGGCGAGGAAGACACGCGCUUUCUUUAUGGAGCCCUCAAUGCGCUGUCACUCCUGGAGCUCACCUCGCUGGUAGAUGUAGUGCGAGCAGUCUCGUACGUCGCGUCCUGUGCCAACUUUGAUGGCGGAUAUGGCGUGCGACCUGGUGCGGAGUCGCACUCGGGCCAGAUCUUCACAUGCGUCGCUGCCUUGGCGAUCGCAAACCGGCUCGACCUAGUUGACCAGGAGAAGCUGGGGCAGUGGCUCAGCGAGAGACAAGUCCCUGGCGGCGGGUUGAAUGGCCGGCCGGAGAAGAAGGAAGACGUGUGUUACAGCUGGUGGGUGUUGAGUAGCCUGUCGAUCAUCGGCAGGAUCCACUGGAUUGAUCGCGAUGGUCUCACUCAGUUCAUCCUUCAGUCCCAAGAUACCGACAAGGGUGGCAUCGCAGAUCGACCUGGUGAUAUGGUCGAUGUGUGGCACACCUGCUUCGGUGCGGCUGGGCUCAGCUUGCUCGGGUACCCCUCCAUGGAAGAGGUUGACCCCGUUUAUUGCAUGCCAAAGGCCGUCAUCAAGCGAAUACUGGGUUGA